AUGUCUGCUAAGGACUUGACGUACACGGAAGAGGGUUCUGGGUACGGGAGUCGUCACGAGGAGACCCCUAAAGGAUGUUGGGCAAAAUUUGUAAAGAUUAUAAAGGACAAUCUUUUCAUGCUUCUCAUUCUUCUUGGUGUAGCUGUGGGCUUCGGAAUUGGAUUUGGUCUUCGAGCGGCUACUGACUCUCCCAUCGCCGUACAGUGGGUCGUUGUUGCCAGAAUCAAUCCCAAAGAACAGGGUAUAACCAGUGUUAUAACUCUACUUUUCAUAAUUGGAAUGAAUGUUCUUGGUGCUGCCAUUGGUACAGCUACCUCAGUCUUAAUCAAGCCAGGUGCAGGAGUUGGCAAGGCGAAUGAAACGGAAACUGAUGACCCCAGACUCCGACCCACAACGUCAGAUGUUUUUGCAGAUCUCGUUUUAAACAUCUUCCCCGACAACAUAGUCGGAAUGUGUGUUCAACAGACAAAAACUUCAUAUGCUUACGUCGAAGGAACAAACAAUACGGAAGUUAAACGUAUUGUUGGCACAAAUGGAUCAAAGGACUUGAUUGGUAUUCUCCUCGUAUCGAUUGCCUUCGGUUUGGCUGCUCGAGGAGCUGGAAAGAGUGGCAAACCUUUUCUUGACUUCUUCGAGUCUCUUUGUGAAGUUACUCUUAAACUCGUCCGUGCCUUCCUUUUGUUGACGCCUAUCGGUGUAUGCUUUAUGAUCGCCGGUGCCAUAAUGGGCGUCAAAGACUUGGCAACCACCUUCUCCAAUGUUGGCAUGUUUGUGGUUACCGUGACCGUGGGUAUUGCUAUCCUCUUCAUUCUCAUAAUCCUCAUCCACUUCCUCGCCACCUUCAGUAAUCCCUUCCCUUUCCUCCCUCGAACCCUCAAAGCUUGGUUCAUCAGCUUUGCAACAACCUCUCCCAUCGUCUCCCUACCUGAAAUGUUCGAAGGUUGUGACGAAUAUGGGAUUCGAAAAGAAAUCUCACGAUUCUUUUGCCCUAUUACUACAACUAUGAAAUCUGAUGGGCCUGCUGUGUUCAUUUCCUGUGCUUGCAUGUUUGUAUCUCAGAUGGAAUUGGGUACUGUGCCCGCUACAACUGUUGUGGUUAUCUGGCUGUUGACGUCUGUAUCGGUGCUGGCCAUCCCCCACGUACCUAGUGCAAGCAUCCUCAUUGCCAUUACCAUCUUGAACUCAGCGAACGUACCAACAACGAGUGUCGUCUACCUCUACGCCGUAGAUUGGUUGCUUGACCGCUUUCGUGCGGGCGUUUCCACAAUAGUGACCAUGUAUGGCGCAGCCAUACUUCAGGGCUUCGCUGACAAGAAAGCAUCGAAAGCCCGCUAUGAUGAUGAUGGUUAUGUUGUAAAAGAAGAUAAUGUAGACCGUUUCCGAGCCGGUAUCAACACCUUAACCGUCAUGUAUGGAGCCCUUAUUAUUGACAGCAGAAUGUCCAAGAAACAGCAAGCGGUUGCUUUUUCUGAUGGUGACGUGGUGGUGUCUGGUUAA